AUGGCCAAUUAUGGCACAAGUAAGGUGGGCAACCGACAUGACUCGGUCAGCCAUCCUCUUGCUCAGUCUGGGAGCACCGGGUCCCCUGUAGGGCUAUCCAGCGACCCUAAGAAGAUAGGCCUUAAUAACUCAAUGUGGCUCUUGGACAAGUUAAAGUUAUCUUUGAAGUCAAGUCACCAGGAGCAACUGAGAAUACUCGCAGACGGACAUCAAAAGCGCGAGAACGAUCUUUGUCGAGAAAUUGAGAGACUCAAGAGAGAGAAUAAAGCGCAGAAGGACACUGUGAGGCGGGCUCAAGAAGCCUCAGAGGCUAUGAUGGAGCAGUCUAAGUCCUUCGCGUCCGGCGACAACGAAGUCGAGAUCUGGUUCCGGCGCCGCAGUGACGACUGGUAUGAGUGGGCGAGAUGCUUUGCGCAUCAAGACCCUUUGAGGCUAGCAGCUGUGUCUAGUCAGGCUUGGAAUGAACUAACCGAGUUUGUGGCCUUACAGGACGGAAGGCUCCCAGGUGGGCUCGCUGAUGACCCGAAGACGCCUUAUCUACUUUUGCAGGGCAUGUUGGCUAAUUUUAUAUGCAAGCACGCAUUUAGCACGCCUUGGUGGAUCUUUGAUGCACUGAGCCACCUUGGCGUAAGCCCCGAGGAAAGAGAACGUCUGAUCAACAAUUCUGCGCGUGACGAAGAAAGGAUAGAGCAGAUACUGUGCCUUGAUGGAGGCGAACUCCCCACCAGUGGGAGCAUGGACAUUCUUUUUGAUAUAUUGCAGCAUCUUCAAGAAGAUUCGUCUCAUAAGCUUAGAGUAUCGCUGGUCCGGCUCUUCGCUGCCAAUGGUAUGGAAGCCAACGCAGAUAGGCCUGUCCGCGGCAAGAACGAGGCUCUCAUUGAUGCACGACUUUGUCAUGCCAAGUACUUGACCAACAUGUUCCUCCAGAGUCCAGCAUGCAACCUCUUAAGGCAUCUACCCAACGAGGAGUUGCAAGGCCGCUCCGACGGCCUCCAUGAACAAAUAGAUCAGGCUCUUCAAAAGUCCUUAGAACUUUGGACUCACCGUUCUCAGAUGCGCUGCGUUGCUCUACCGCAAUUGCGUGACCAAGGUCGCCUUGACUUCGACCUUGGGUCAGGGCUCAUGCAGCUGCACCGUGCUUACCAGGUGGAUGAUUGGCGAAAAUACGAGGGGUCACGCAUCGUAGUGGUUGUUCAGCCCGCCAUUGUCGUCUACGGCACGGAACGCGGCGAUAACUACUCUUGCAUGAGGCGUGUUUGGGCGCCUGCCAAGGUCCUCAUAGACGGUGUACCUGUAUCGACUGGGAGAAGCGUUGGGCCUCGUGCCGGCGCGAAUACGUGGCCUAGUUACUGGAGUUAUUAA